UCUUCCAUCUCUCUCUCUCUCUCUCUCUCUCUCUCUCUCCUCUUCUUGUUUUCUCAAUUAACAGGUAGUAUGCCUGAAUGUCCACAGAAAGGGAGAGACUUGAUCAGGAGAUAGGCAAGAAGAUCAAGAGAGAAUCCGAUGCCUUUCCUCAUCAGAUGGGAGGAAGAAGACAUAUGUUGGGGCCUUCCGGAACCCUAAACACCAUCACCCCUUGCGCCGCCUGCAAGCUCUUGAGACGUCGUUGCGCUCAAGAAUGCCCCUUUUCUCCUUAUUUCUCACCUCAUGAACCCCAGAAGUUCGCCUCCGUUCACAAAGUCUUUGGCGCGAGCAACGUCUCCAAGAUGCUAAUGGAGGUUCCUGAAAGCCAAAGAGCAGAUGCUGCAAAUAGUCUUGUUUAUGAGGCAAACGUAAGGCUAAGAGAUCCAGUUUAUGGUUGCAUGGGAGCAAUCUCUGCUUUGCAACAGCAAGUUCAAGUUCUACAAGCAGAAUUAAAUGCUGUGAGGGCUGAGAUUUUGAAGUACAAGUAUAGGGAAACCAGUAUGCUUCCAACUUCUCAUGUAACACUGCUUUCGUCCGGGGCCGUCUCGAUUGCUGCACCGCCACCCACGCCGCUCCCUCCACCCCCACCACCGCCUCCUCCUCCUUCGCUUCCUCUAACGCCCUCGUCCUCCCCCAUUUACACCCCGGUUACAUCUACUGCUGCUGACUUCACCGCAAUCUCAACUGAAAAUAUCACCUAUUUUGGUUAAAUUAUUUCACAGCCUUCUACAUUAUUCACCGCAUAUUCUCAAUCUCGAGGAAGGCUAAUUACUGAGGAAUAAAAUAGAUUAUUGGUAUCUUUUCAAAAUAGUUAAUUAUAUAAUUGAGCUAUUUAUAAAUUUUGUAUCAUUUAUAUAUACUUGCAAUAAACCAAAUCUUCGUGUUGAAUUCUUUUUAAU